AUGGCAAUAGGCGUUGGUUCGGGCAGUAAACAGGAAUACGAGGCCAAACUGGAACUGUUUGACGAGAUAAAUACCGAAGACUCUAAAUUCAUAGUGAGAGACAGGGGAACAGAGUUUGUGUUAAUCAAAGCAAAAGAGGGCCCGUAUUGGAAGCGACUCCUCAAAGACCAGCAGAAGUUUCAUUGGCUUAAGAUUGACUUCAAUAAGUGGAAGGCAGAGGACGACUCUGACGAUGAGGCCGCCGGUGGUGGCGGCGGCGGACCCGGAGGUAUGGGCGGCGGCGGCGACUUCGAGGAGAUGAUGAGACAAAUGGGAGGUCUCGGAGGAAUGGGUGGUAUGGGAGGUAUGGGCGCAGGAAUGCCUGAUUUGGGCGAUUUAGACGACAAAGAGGGCGAAGACGGCGGCGCAGACAGUGAUGACGAAGAAUUGCCAGAAUUAGAGGAUAAAAACUAAUGUUUGAUUAAAUUUUGUAAAUACAAAAAUGAGUCAAACAUAUUGAGCCACAAAUCUGUACAGCAUUUGAAACAAUUCAUUAAAUUCCUGUCAAUUAAUACAAAAGAAUUCCUCUCAAUAUAUAUUAUAAUUAUAUUGGAAAUGAAAAAUGCA